CUCACACAUAGUCUGCCAACAAUUGCAUCAAGCUAGCUAGCCGGCCAAUUAUUUAAAAGCCGGCCAAAAAAUAUAUAAAAAAGUUAUGCAUUGGUUCCGAUCAAAAGUCAAAUGUUCUCUGAAAUAGAAGAUGCUUUUCUUCACCACUAAUUUCAGCAUAAAGUGCUGCAGAUGAUGAACUGAUCGGCAUAUGCAAGUCAAGCAAAGCUAUAGCUCGAGAUGGCAGCGGAGCCUCUCUCCAAUGGCGCCGCCCACCAGUCAGUGCCUGGACGCUACAUACUCCCCGUGCACAAGAGGCCGUCUUAUUCCGCCAAUGGCAAGGUGGCGCCGCCGAUGCUGCCUGUAGUUGAUCUCGGCGGAGACGACGACGGCAGGAUCGCCGAGGAGAUCAUCCGCGCGGGGCGGGAGUUCGGUUUCUUCCAGGUGGUCAACCACGGCGUGCCGGAGGAGGUAAUGGGCGCCAUGAUGCGCGCGGCCGAGGAGUUCUUUGGACUGCCGGCGAAUGAGAAGAUGGCAUACUACUCGACCGACGGCAAGCAGCUCCCGCGGUUCCACACGAGCGUCCGGAACGGCGCCGGCGAGGAGUUCCUGUACUGGCGGGACUGCCUCAAGCUCGGCUGCCACCCGCCGGAGUGGCCGGACAACCCGCGCGGGCUCGGGGCGGCGCUGGAGCCGUACACGGCCGCCGUGAUGGCGGCGGCGCGGCGCGUUCUGCGCCUCGCCGCCGUCGGGCUGGGGCUCGGCGAGGAGCACUUCGAGGGGUCGCUCAGCGGCGGCGCGAUGAUGAACGUGAACCACUACCCGCCGUGCCCGGACCCGAGCGUCACCCUCGGCAUCGCGCCGCACUGCGACCCCGGCCUCGUCACCGUGCUCAUGGAGAACGUCGGCGGCGGCCUGCAGAUGCUGGUCCACGACGACGGCGACGCAGGCGGCGGAGGAACGAUGUGGGUGGACGUGGACGCCGCGCCGGGGGCGCUGGUCCUCAAUUUUGGGCAUCAGAUGGAGGUGGUCAGCAACGGGCGCCUGCGCAGCGGCGAGCACCGCGUCGUCACCGGCGCACACGUCGCGCGGACCUCGCUGGCCUCGUUCGUGUGGCCCGAGCUUUGGUGCACCGUCGCGCCGGCGCAGGAGCUGGUGCUGGACGCAGGCGAGGGCCCUCUGUACAGGCCCUACUCCUACGGCGAAUUUCUCGGUGUGUACGUCGCCGAGGCUGGGGACAGGGACGCCGUCAUGGCGCAUUUCAAGCACUGAUCACUUGUCGGCUUAAUUUUCUGUACAUGCAUGUUUUUUGGAUAAUAAUUCUUCUUGUAUUACGGACAGAAUUUUAAGGUUUA